UGCAGGAUAAUACUUGAGAAAUAGUUAAAGCCGCUUGUACCCUUCCUCAUCCUGACUGCACUGAAGUUCCCAGUUGCGGCAUCCUGACUGCACUGAAGGUCCCAGUUGCGGCAUCCUGCGAAGCUCCUCUCUCAGUCUCCCAGGUCAAGUAUAAGUUGCAGCUCCUGUUCAGUCUCGUCUGUCCGUCAAACAAUAUUUGGGUUCCCGCUUCCUGCGCUGCAGCGUUGUGGAUUUGUCUUGUGAUUUCGAACAGUACAUUGAUCCCCGAGGAGGUUCCAGGUUUAGAAAACCGUGGCAGAAGUAGAAAUAUCGCGAUGGAGGCGCUCAAAGGCGCCGUUCUUCUCUACCUUGUCGUCCGAAGUGCUCUUUCCCCUGUGCUCGUCGUAGCUAAUGACCCCUCACCUUUGCAGGAUAUUUGUGUCGCAGACCUCUCGAGCCCCGUGAAAGUGAACGGUUACGUGUGCAAGGACCCAGAUGCAGUCACUGUGAACGACUUCAUCUACCACGGCCUCCACAAUCGGGGAGAUACCAACAAUGGGAACCGACAGAAAACGACGCAAGUGUUUGUCACGCAGCUUCCGGGGCUCAACACUCUCGGCGCUGCCUUCGCGCGUCUUGAUUUCGAUGUGGGAGGCAUCAAUGUGCCCCACACUCAUCCCCGUGCCACGGAGAUCUUCCUCGUGAUGGAAGGUGCUCUUUACAUGGGCUUCAUCACAACAGCCAACAAGCUCUUCGUUACAACACUCUACAAGGGCGACGUCUUCGUUUUCCCCAGAGGGCUCGUGCAUUUCCAGAUAAAUGUUGGCAGUGGCCCCGCAUUGGCCUUUGCCGGAUUCAACAGCCAAGCUCCGGGGCUGCUGCAGAUAGCUCCGAGUCUGUUCAAUUCUACUCCACCGAUUGACGACAGUGUGCUUCGGAACGGAUUCCGCACUGACCAAGCGACUGUCGAUCAAAUCAGAUCCAACUUUAGAACGGCUUGAAGAGUACGUGAAUACUGAUGUGAGACAAUGUUUAUUCCAGUCCCGAAGUCCAGUGUAUAGGAUCGAUUUUGCAUUUUAUUUUAUUGCCAGAGAACAUGUGUAGUCUUCGUUUAAGGGUAGCUGGCCUCCAGAACAUUCUCGUGCGGCGGUGCGAGAGGAGUUUCGAAUGUGAGAUCACAAAAACUUAAGAUUUUUCGUACUCACUCAUGGGUGGGUUACAUUCGUCAGGUGCAUUUUGGCAUCCUGCGUUACUUGUUGUCUGACGGUUAAUUUUUCCUAAUUCAGUACGCAGGCGUUUUCAUGUAA